UGUUAGGACGUCGACCGACAAAUGCGGCGCAGCUUUUACUCGGCUCAGUCGUUCACAACCCGCGGAUUUAUAGUCAGUACUUUACGCUAUUAUCCUCCCCGCGUACCGCUUUUCCCAGCCUUAGAACCUCCAGAUAUGCGGUGGUUUGUGUCUCCAAAAAUGGUCUAGCUAUAUGUUGUGAUCGGUGAAGCAUCAACAGUCUGGUACAACUGAGCCAAGAUGUCCAGCAGCUCGGGCUACCCCCCCUCCCAGGGGAGUUUCAGCAGCGAGCAGAGCCGAUACCCACCCCACUCUGUCCAGUACACGCUUACGGGCUCACGCCACCAACAGGAGUUUGCCGUCCAAGACUAUCGUACUCACAUGCAGGAUCCACAAGGUCGGAGAAGGUUGUCUCUACUUUCUGAAUUCCACCCUGGGAUUGAAAGGCCUCCAGAGAGGCGUCAUGGUUACGAGCCCCAGUUCCACUCCAUCUCAGCCCAGUCUGAGCAUGAAGCCUUGGAGGCUAAACGCCCUCGCAUGGAGCUCGUUCCUGAGCCCCAUAUCUCACGCACCCCUCCCACUUCGGGUGGCCUUGGACCGCCCAUGACACACUCUGGACAGGACAGUUUACGAGCCACUGUGGAGGUAAAAAAGGAGUCUCAGUACAUUGUCAAAGUGGAGUCACCAGCUGCAGGUGGACCCACCCUACACAUGGGUGAGGAACAGGACAAUUCUCCUUCCAAACUGUCCAAGGAGGAGUUGAUCCAGAGUAUGGACCGUGUGGACAGAGAGAUUGCUAAAGUGGAGCAACAGAUUUCAAAGCUAAAGAAGAAGCAGCAACAACUUGAGGAGGAAGCGGCGAAGCCAGUGGAGCCGGAGAAGCCUGUGACCCCUCCCCCGGUGGAGCACAAGCACCGCAGCAUAGUCCAGAUCAUCUACGAUGAAAACCGAAAAAAAGCAGAAGAAGCCCAUAAAAUUCUGGUAAACCUUGGUCCCAAAGUUGAACUGCCGCUGUAUAACCAACCAUCAGACACAAAAGUGUAUCAUGACAACAUCAAGACAAAUCAAGUAAUGAGAAAAAAGCUGAUUUUGUUUUUUAAGAGAAGGAACCAUGCACGUAAACAAAGGGAACAGAAGAUCUGCCAGCGCUACGACCAGCUCAUGGAAGCUUGGGAGAAGAAGGUGGAGCGCAUGGAGAACAAUCCCAGACGCAAAGCUAAGGAGAGCAGGACACGGGAAUAUUACGAAAGACAGUUCCCUGAGAUCCGCAAGCAGAGGGAACAGCAGGAGCGCUUCCAGCGAGUUGGACAAAGAGGAACUGGUUUGUCUGCAACAAUUGCAAGAAGCGAGCAUGAAAUUUCAGAAAUCAUAGACGGUCUCUCCGAGCAAGAGAACAACGAGAAACAGAUGAGACAGCUGUCAGUCAUCCCUCCCAUGAUGUACGACUCUGAGCAGAGGAGGGUGAAGUUCAUCAACAUGAACGGCCUAAUGGAUGACCCCAUGAAGGUGUACAAAGCCCGGCAGUUCAUGAAUGUUUGGACAGAGCACGAAAAGGAGAUCUUUAAAGAGAAGUUUGUACAGCACCCCAAAAACUUUGGCUUGAUCGCUACAUAUCUGGAGAGAAAGAGUGUGGCUGACUGUGUCCUGUUUUACUACUUGACAAAAAAGAACCAAAACUAUAAGACGCUGGUGAGACGAAACUAUGGAAGACGGAGAGGAAGGAAUCAGCAAAUAACACGUCCCUCACAAGAAGAUAAGACAGAGGACAAGAACGAAGAGGAAAAAUCUGAAAAAUUGGAGAAAAAAGAGGACGAGGAAAAGAAGGACGAGGAAGAGAAAGAUGAAAAGGAGGAUUCCAGGGACAUUGGCAAGGACAAGGACAAGUGUGACGGUGGGGAGGACGAGGACGGAAAGGAGCAAAACACACCGCGUGGCAGGAAAACCGCCAACAGCCAGGGCCGCCGUAAGGGAAGAAUCACCACGCGCUCCAUGGCCAAUGAGGCUGCAUCAGUGGCAGCUGAGGAGGCACCUCCCCCUGCCCUGGAGCCCGCUGUGGCAGAUCCUCCACAGCUCUCCAAGUCUGACCCAGCACAGAAGGGGCCCAAAGAGGCAAACAAACCUGGGACACCAGUAGCUUCAGUGGAUACUAAAGCUGGUGCCGGGGAAACCGGAGAAACUUCUCGCUGGACCGAGGAGGAGAUGGAGGUCGCCAAAAAAGGGCUGGUUGAACAUGGCAGAAACUGGAUUGCCAUAGCCAAAAUGGUGGGCACAAAAAGUGAGGCACAGUGCAAAAACUUCUAUUUCAACUACAAGAGGCGUCACAACUUGGACAACCUUCUGCAGCAGCAUAAACAGGAUUCUCGGAGGGCGCGUGCUGAUAGAUCUCAAGGGGAAGGCCAAGCCAUGGCAUCGCCCGAUGAUGACGAGGACAACGCAGAUGAGAGCGAAGGUGGUGACAACAGCUCGGACACAGAGAGUGCCCCUUCUCCCUCCCAGGCUGACUCAUCAAAAACUGCAGACUCUAAGAGGGAGGAGAGCACCACAGGAGAUUCCCAGAGCACCGACAGCGACAGGGCUCAAGCCAGCGAUGGAAAAGCUACAGAGCCCCCGUAUGGAGAGCUCCGUGUUAAGCAAGAGAAAAGUCCAGAGAGAGAAAUGGGAUCUCAGGAGGAGAAGACCAGAGCGGCUGCUUUUCCUGGUCCAGUACAUCCCAAAACUGAGCCUCAGGAUGUGGACAUGAAAGCCGGAGAGGUUCAGGUCAAGACGGAGCCUGAGGUCAAGGAAAAGGUAGAAAAAGGAGAACACGGCGAAAGGCAGAGAGACCUCCACUCUGAUAAUGACUCAAGUGCAACCUGCAGUGCAGAUGAGGAGGUGGAGGCAGAGCCGGAUAGACAGAGAAUGUACACCAUGGAGAAACCAAUGCUGCGCAGCCCUCCAGGCACUGUGCUUGUGCCCUCACCCAAACAAGCCCACUUCAGCAUGCAGCAGAUGCAGCAUCGUGCAGCUAACAUCCCCCCCAUGGUGCCUGGUCCCUAUGGCCCCGGUGGAGUUUCCAUCACUGGUUUUGCGAUGUUUCAACACCAGAUCAAAGCCGUGCAUGACUCGGCCCACCAGGAGGAGAAGCAGAGGCAGGAUCUGGGAGACCUGGAGCGCAGACCUCCUUACAGCACGCGGAGCCCCACUGUAAUGGACAGAGAUGGUAAGCCCCUACCCUACGGGCCUUAUGACAUGAUGCUGGCUCUGGACCAGGAGCGUCUCUCUGGUCAGCCAGGCUCUCCCUACAGACUCCCCCCCAGGGAGCUGAGGAAGUACUCACCUCAGCAUGACAUGAACAUCACCAAUGCUUCCUGCUACAGCGUGUCACCAGUUCUCCAUCCUGCUCCAAAUCAGCUGGCCCAGAAUAUGAACGAAGGCGUCCGCGUGUCGUUUCCCAGGCACAGUCUGCCUCCAAACAUUCCCUCUCCUCCUCCCCUCAUUCCAACCACCAAGCCCACAGAUAAACCUUCCUUCAUCCAAGGAGGCUCCAUCUCCCAGGGCACUCCUGGAACGUAUCUCCCAUCCCAUGCUGUCUAUGGUCCUGAGGGGACUAAGAGCUCUGUGGGCUCCAUCUCUCUAGGUCUGCCUCGACAGCUAGAUCCCCACAAGCCUGGAAAUGCAGUUUCAUCUCUGCAGGACAGCAGAGGCAGCUCUGCUAAAGGCAAUGAGGGCCUCGCUUUCAGAGGAUCAAUCACUAAGGGCACUCCAGCCCUUCCUCAGUCCAAUGUGGCUGCUGACCUCCUGAAGGGGACACUCACAAAGCUCACUCCAGAGGACCUGAGCAGCCCAGACAAGACCAGGGGGGAGCAGAUGGCUAAAGGUCAUGUGAUCUAUGAAGGCAAGAGUGGUCACAUCCUCUCUUACGAUGCUAUUAAGAAUCCGAGGGAGAACACCCGCAGCCCCAGAAUAGGCCACGACUUAAAACGCUCCCAUGAGAUGAUGGAGAGCUCCGUGGGGAGAGGACACUCCAGCAGGGAGGGAACUCCCCUUGAAGGGUUAAUCAGCAGAGCCUUGCCCAGAGAAGGUCUCCAUGGCGACUCAAAGGAACGACCACUGGCUACUGGGUCCAUAAUGCACGGGACACCGAGAACAGCCGCUGACUCUUACGACGAUGCAAUGAAGUAUGGGAAGCAGAUGAGGACAGAGAGCCCACCAGUGCGCUCUUUUGAAGGGUCUAUUGGCAAAGGCAAGCCCUAUGAAGGAGUCAACACCAUCAAAGAGAUGGGACGCUCAAUUCAUGAAAUCCCUCGACAGGAUCAGUCUGCUCAGGACAUGUGCAAGACCCCUGACCUGGCAGACAGAAGGGUGAUGGAGGGCUCCAUACCUCAGAUUCACCCUCUGGGCCAGCCUGCUAUCAAACACAAUGUCAAGUCAUUAAUCACUAGUCCCAACAAGAUGACCCACGCUAUGCCCCAGCUUGAGGCAAUGGACCGAGCCAAAUAUGAGGAGAGUAAGGCUGUACGGCACACCUCUGUGGUUAACUCCACCGCAUCUGUCCUGCGCUCGACACACCAGGAGGCUGGGAAGGCUCAGCACAGUCCCAGCAUGUACGAGGACUCCAGUGCUCGCAGGACCCCUGUGAACUACAGCAACAAUCCUGUUUCCAGAGGCUCGCCCAUGCUACGCUGUCCAGAUGGUGGCAUGAGCUCUGCCAAAUCCGCCGCACAUGACAGAAAGAGUGCCAUGACCCCAACACAAAGGGACAGUGUCCCGGCCAAGUCCCCGGGGUCAGGUGGAGAUCCUGUUGCCUCUCAUAGUCCCUUCGACCCCCACCACCGGCCUGUUGUUCCAGGAGAAGUUUACAGGGCCCACUUGCUUCCACACCUCGACCCAAGCUUGGCCUUUCACAGAGGACUAGACCCUGCAUUCAUGUUCCCCAGGCAGCCGUCCCCAACAGGAUACCAUAACACCUACCAGUUGUACGCCAUGGAAAACACGCGUCAGACCAUCCUCAGCGAUUAUAUCACGUCCCAGCAGAUGCAAGUCAUCCCCCGGCCAGACAUGGCAAGAGGAUUGUCGCCAAGGGAACAGGCUGUUUCUGUCCCUUACCCAGCUAACGCUCGAGGGAAUAUUGAUCUAGCCCAGAUGCCUCCAACUAUCCUGUUGCCUCAUCCUGGGGGAACAGGUGCUCCCAAUUUGGAACGCACCGCCUACCUCACUGGAGCUCAGCCUCCUUUCCCUCCUAGGGCUUUCAACCCAACUUCCAUAUCACCAGGUCAUCCAGCCCAUCUGGCCUCCAGUGCCGAGAGAGAACGUGAGAGGGAGCUGCAGGAGAAGGAGAGGGAGAAAGAGCAGCGGGAGCACCGCGAGAGGGAGCGGGAACGAGACUUAAGAGAGCGAGAAAGAGAAAGGGAGCGAACUAGUGAAUAUAUGCGUGGAAGUGGACAAGAGCAUCCAGUUCGACCAGGAAGUCGAGGUUACCUACACUCCCCAUCUCCCUCACUCAGGACACAAGAUGUGGUGGUGCAACAGAGACCAAGUAUCUUCCAGGGAAAGAGUGUCAUCACCUCUUUAAUGGCUCAUCCACCUGCAACAACAUCAGCAUCCCAAAGCAGCUCCCGCUUCAGUACCGCAGCAGACGCUCUGGCUGCCUUGGUGGACGCAGCCGCUUCUGCCCCUCAGAUGGACGUUUCCAAGGUGAAGGAGAGCAGGCAAGAACCAGACGAGGAAAUGGGGACAUCUGUUGCUGGCAGGCGGGCACCCAGCCGCUUAGAACAACAGCAGCAGGAGGCAGAAAGGCGAUCUCUGCACUCGCCAUAUAGUGCCAUGUCUUUGCCAGGUGGCAAACCCCAUCCAGCUUACUCUGAGGGCCCCGGUAAUGGGGCUAAGGAUAAGGUUCCUCAGACCAAGUCCCGCAUCGAAGAGGAGCUCCGAACACACGGAAAGACGACCAUUACGGCUGCUAGCUUCAUCGAUGUCAUCAUCACACGCCAAAUAGCUUCAGACAAAGACUCCCGUGAACGAGGCUCGCAGAGCUCGGAUUCCUCCAGCAGCUUAUCAUCUACUCGAUAUGACAACUCAACUGGAGGAGCCAUUGAGGUGAUAAGCCCUCCAAGUUCUCCGGUCCAAUCCCAGCAGGACAAACCAGAAGAUGGGCAACAGCAAGCAGCAGUCAGCAUGCGGCCGUAUGAGAUGAGCCGAUACCGGCCUUCAGGAGAGCCCCCUCAGCCUCCCUCCUCCCAGGCAGAUAGCUACACCCAGGUCCCUAAAACUCACAGAGUCAUGACCUUGGCUGACCAUAUUUCACACAUAAUCACCCAAGACUUUGCCAGAAACCAGGACCCGCCAGUCUCUUCUUCAGCCUCUGCCACAUUCCAGAGUUCAGUUCCACCUGUGUCAUCGUCGGGUCGGGUCAAGGGGCCUAGUCGGUACAGUCCUGAGAAUCAGGUCGCUGCUUCACUCCACCAAAGGCCGGCAAGCAGGGUUUCUCCAGAGAAUCCCCCCGACAAGCCCAGAGCGAGGCCUGGGAAAUCUCCAGAGAGAGGAGGCAGGCAGAUGGAGAGCUACGAACCCAUUUCUCCCCCGCAGGGAUAUCAAGGCAUGGACAAACUGGAGGGAGGAGGACCCUCAGCACAAAGGCGAGAGGCUGACAACUCUGAGAUCAGGAGUGACUCCCGGUCUCCAGGGAGUGUCAGCUACCUGCCUUCCUUCUUCACCAAACUAGAGAAUACAUCGCCAAUGGUUAAAUCCAAGAAGCAGGAAAUCUUCCGUAAGUUGAACACCUCUGGUGUUGGUGAUUCUGAUGUUGGAAAUACACAACCAGGCACAGAAAUUUUCAACUUGCCUGCUGUUACCAGUUCCAGCAACAUAAACCCAAGAAGUCAGUCCUUCAGUGACCCGGCCAGUAACUUGGGUCUAGAGGACAUCAUCCGCAAGGCUUUAAUGGGCAACUUGGAGGAAAGGCAGGACGAGCACCAGGGAGGAGGGGGGCCAGGGGGCCUGAGCAACACGUCUGCUGCCGAUGCCCGCCAGGAGGCCAGUCCAUCCCCCAGUAUGGGGAAGCAGAAGCAGAGCAAAGCAAACAGCCGAAAAUCCAAGUCGCCUAACCUGAGUCAGACCUAUACUGGAGGGGAGCGUCCCUCCUCAGUGUCGUCUGUCCACUCUGAAGGUGAUUAUCACAGACCAACCCAACCCCAGUGGAGCUGGGAUGACCGACCAUCAUCCACAGGUCCAAUGCAGUUCCCGUGCAAUCCACUGACCAUGCGCAUGCUGAGCAACACGCCACCCACCUCCAUGGCCUCACCCUUAAUCCAGAGUCAGCAGCAACAGCAGCAACAGCCGCCUCCUGCUGGCAGCCAGCAGCGGGUGUGGCAGUCUCUGCUGUCAGAGCAAUAUGAGACCCUGUCUGACAGCGACGACUGAGCGCAGCCCGCCGCAGCUCCAAGAUCCAAACCAGGAGGCUCGUCCGUUCAUGCCCCACCACUCCCAGAACCAACCUUGUUCCUUUGCAAGUUUUAUAUGUAGAUGGGGUGGUGCCCUUUUUUCAUUUUUGGUGCUAUGGCGCCCCCUGGCCGUUGGCUACCUGCAGCAGCACGUAAAAGGCGAGACUCGCCGAAACUCCUCCAGCCUGUCGGAGAGACAAACGUCAACCGAGUUGAUGACAUGGGUUAUGGUUGAAAAGAACUUCAAAUGUACAAAGAAAAAGACAUAAGAAGCUAUUUCUGAAUUUUGUCCGAUUUCUGUAAAGAUAUACUUUGUCUUUGAGAAAAUCAUCUUAUGUAAAUAGAGUAACCUUUUGCAGUGUUUUUUCUUAACUUGAUUCUUGUUUUAAUGUCGCUUUAAAUUGAUCCACUUUAAAUGGGAAGAGCAAGGGUUAAAUCUUCAACAAUGCAGUUGCCCCCCCUCACAGAAUCCUCAGAAAUUGUCAUUGGGAAGCUAACAGAGACUGGACCUGCAAACGAAUACUUGACCGUGAGUGGCGUCCACCAGACAACCACCACAGCCUGGAUAAGGGAGCGGCAGCGGUAUCACCUUGCUGUACCAAGGUCUCACCUUGGCACAGCAGAGAAAUGUUGUUAGAAAAGUUUCAAACACUGGUGUCAAAGCAGGAAGUUGAGAAAGUCAGAGGUAAGCUUGCAAGAGAUGUUAUCUUCAUGACUACUCCUGUACCCUGACAGGAAAAUGAAAAUGAGCCAAUGUGCUUUUGCCCCCCCCCCCUCCUUUUUUUUUUUUUGCUCCGUUGAUACUCGUCUCGCCUCUACGAGGUCACUUUUAAAAGCUGUCCAGAGUUUUUGCAUUUUCAAAACACAAGUAUGUCAGGAAGUUUUUCUUUUGCAGGGGGGUGCUUUUUCCACGCCUUGUAACUUGAGAAAGAAGGCAGCUUUAACUAAUUUUUCUCAGAGAUAUACAUUGGUGUUUGAUGUUUUUAUUUGUCUCUCUGGUCCCUUUUCUUGUUUUUCUUUUUUCCUUUGAUACUGUCCUGACAAACAUCUUAACUCUGUAAAGAGUCUUUUCAUAAUGCAAAAAGACAAAAACUAACCAAACCUAAAGAAUUAUCUGCACCAUUGUUGCACUUUCUUUGCAUUGUGUUUUUUGACAACAAAAGGCAUACUACCUGCUGUGUAACUUAUUCUGCUUCCAGCCCACUACUAUGCUAAGAUGUGCUUAAACUUUUCCCAUCACUUGCAGAAAUCUGGAUAGUUUAGCUUCCUGUCUUCUCUUAACAGCUCGUACAGAAUAUUUGGGUGUUCCACCUGCAUCAAAGUUACAGUUUUAUGUGCAUGGUACCGUUAAAUAUUUAGGAAUUUGCUGUCAUGGUGAUUCAAAGCCAUGACCACUUAAUCUCUGUUUUCAUUGUUUUAAUUAAAGGACAUAAAGCUUUGAAUAUGACUUCUAUUAGGUCAGCAUCAUAACAGGCAGUAGUCGUUGCUUUCCAGUUAUUUUGAACUUCUGUGGGGAAAAUGCAUCAUUAUGGUUUUCAUUCUGUUUAGUGCUCUAAACUUGACACAGUUUAAUUAUGACAAACUUUAAAAAACAAAAAAAAAACACCUUGUAGCACAUGCUCAAAUUUCUUUUCUGUCAUCAUUAUUCAUCCUGUUUAGAUGGGAUGUUGUGUUUACAGAGCAGUGUGUGUGUGUGUGUGGGGGGGUUUACAAACUUGAAUCUUAAGAUCCCACGUGAAGCCGGACAUAAAAAGAAAAAUUUGAUGCAUCUUUUCAGCUUUCUGUCAGACACAGUUGUGACCUUUUGUCUUUUUGAAAAUGAGACUUGAAUCCCCAAGUAUCCUAUGAUGUUAAAACGCAAUGUUUGUAUCGCACAAUGUCUGUUAGUAGGCUAUUUCAAGAGUUCAGACCAAUCAAAUAAAGUGGAUCAGUUCUCUACCACAGAAA